AGGGGAGAGGAGGAGAGAAGAGAGAGAGAGAGAGAGAGAGAGGAGAGAGGAAGGAGAGAGAGAGAGGAGAGAGAGGGAGAGAGGAGUAGGGGUGUACGAAGAGAGAGAGAGAGAGAGAGAGAGAGAGAGAGCAUCAAGUCACCCGGAUAGGCUCCACCAGCCACAGACUGUUAGGCACAAGUGUCACAAGGAGACUCUAUUCCUCUAAAAUAAUGGAUGGGACAAAGCCGGCCAUGGAGUCCAACGCGGAGGAGACUCAGGACGAGGGACAAGAGAGCAAAGGAUGUUUCGAGUGCUGCAUCAAGUGUCUGGGCGGGGUGCCCUACGCCUCCCUAGUGGCCACCAUCCUCUGCUUCUCGGGCGUGGCUCUGUUCUGCGGCUGUGGCCACGUGGCUCUGACCGGCACCCUGACCAUGCUGGAGAACCACUUCUCCAGGGUCACCACGGACCACGCCACCCUCGCGUUGGUGAUCCAGAUCUUUCAGUACAUCAUCUACGGCAUCGCCUCCUUCUUCUUCGUCUACGCCAUCGUCCUGCUGGCUGAGGGCUUUUACACCACCAGCGCCGUGAAGAAGGAGCUGCAGAGCGACUUCAAGACCACCGUCUGUGGACGCUGCAUCACUGCCUUUUUCAUGUUCCUGACCUACAUCCUCGCUCUGGCCUUCCUCGCCAUCUUCGGCUUCACGGCGAUACCCGUUUUCCUCUUUUUUAAUAUGUGGAAUACCUGCGCUGCCAUGAAGGCUCCUGACGCCAACAUCACCUCACCUGACUCCAUCUGUGUGGACGUGAGGCAGUACGGUAUCAUUCCCUGGAACGCCACCCCUGGAAAAGCUUGUGGAGCCACACUGGGAGACAUCUGUAACACCAGCGAGUUCUACCUGUCCUACCACCUCUACAUUGUUGCGUUCGCCGGGGCCGGUGCCACCGUCAUCGCGUUGAUCCAUUACCUGAUGAUUCUGGGAGCCAACUGGGCCUACCUGAGGAGCGCCGUCUCCACGCACGAGUACCAGGACAUCAAGACCAAGGACGACCAGGAUGUGGAGGCCGAGGCGCGCUCCAAGGAGGGCCAGAACUCCUCCUACUCAUAAGGACAAGUGAUCCUCUUCCGCCGCCAACCAUCUCCUCUCCACCCCCGACCCUGUAACACCCAGCGCCCACCCAUCCCUCCGUCCGUUAAAACAAACCACCUCGAUCAUGUUUGAUAGCCCCCCAACCUCCUGAUUCUCCAUCCUCUUCCUGUCCGUGACGUUUAUUAAGAGUCGUGAGCUCCCACCGGGAGGGAAGAGAAUAGAGGAUCAGGAGGAGCGGCAGGCCCGGAUGGAGGCAGAUGCUUCAGAACGGGAGAGCUCGCCCGCCGGGUUCGAGCUCAGGUAGGCUACGUUACAUCAGUUCAGAAGCGUCUCCUCCCCCCUGCUUGUGGGCGGCAGCUCGUGAACGUGGCCCGGCUGUGAUGGCCUCGCGCCCUGAGCCACCACAGCCUCUCAACACAGUUCCUAACAGCCUAAAAAAAACAUUGCUCACUGUCUGCUUCAGCCACAGGGAAGCCAGGCAGCGACCAACUUCCUCUGUUUUUUGGUGUUUUAUAUGCAUAUAUAUAAAUAUAUAUGAAUAUGAAUAUAUUGUGCGAAUGUGUACGAAUGUUGGUGUUUUUUUUAAUACUCUCUGAACAGUAUGCCAGGUACUAUUACGAUCUUUCUUCUUCUUUAUGUUUUUUGCGCUCAUUAGGUUUUUUCUCCUUUACUUUCUUCUCCAUUUUAGACUUUUUAUUGCUAAUGCUCGAUACGUUGUUGCACUAUUACGAAACAAAAAAGAAAAUAAGGGGGAAUGAGAAUCCCGUAAAAACACACAAAGCAUCCCAGCCCCCCUCUUUCAUAGAAACACCUGAAAGAGUCGAAUUAUAAGGUAUCUCAAGGAUUGUUUUGCAUUUACAUGAGCAUCGCUUAUUUAGCUGCCAAGGUAUUUAAGACCAGAGGUGUAGCAAAGUUUUACUGAAGGAAUAGUUUCGGGGAAAACGCUUAUUUCUUGACAAGGGUUAGAUGAGAAGAUUGAGGCUAGCUAACAGCCGGCUAGCUCAAGCUAGCAUAGAGACUGUAGCCUUGCUCCGUUCAGAGGCAACUAAAUCUGCCUCCCAGCACUUCUAAAGCUCACAAAUUAACAUGGUCUAUCUCAGGGUUGUGUUCAUUCUCACAAAAAAAGUGUUAAAACAACAAGUUGUGGUUUUACGACGCCAGACUAAUCCCUCUUUGGCUGGUGCAGCGACUUCGUAGAGGCUCCAUAACCACCACGUAAAACCACAACUUGUCGUUUUUACACUUUGGUUUUUGUGUGAAUUAAACAAACAAGAUACACCGUGUUAAUUAAUGAGCUUGGUAAGCUGAUUGUGUUUCUCUCACGACAAAGCCAGAGCUGUUUCUAGCUGUUUAAGCUAAACGACUGGAAGCUAACCCGGCUGCUAGCGUUAGCUUGAUACUUACCAUACGAACCUGAAAGUUCCUAUCUAACUCUCGGCAACAAAGCAAAUAAGCGUUUUCAGACCUUCACGGGUUUGCUACACUCACUAGCGGCAGCUGAAAUCACAGAUAAAUCCAUCUGGGUCUUUUAACACAAAAAAAGACACACACCUCAGGUAUCAUACCAAAUCGAUUUUGGCCAGUCGUGUUCUUUUCCAAAGCUUCACCAUUUAAAACCUAACCCUAACCCGAUUGGUACGCUCUCCUGUGUGAAUUAUACAGGGAAAAACUGGUCAUUCAUUUUCUAAAAUUCCUCCUUUUGUGAAUGAAGUUCACCUGUAAAUAGCCGGACCACCCUAAAAGAGCUCGAUUUACACCUCUCUGGAAACAGGGAGAACACAAUCAGCGUUUUGCCAUGCUCUUUUAUUAAUGUUUUCCACACAUAUAUGUAAAUGUACCCUUUGAGAUCCGUGUUUAGCACUCAAAUACUAGUUCUGCAUUUGAUAUAAUAAUAAUUGUAAUUUAACAUCUUAAAUGAUAUGUCGUGAGAGGGAUACAGUGCAGUUAUGAUAUGAUGGAUUGAGGUGCUCGUGACGUAUACAUUUUAAAAUGUGAAGAAAAAAAAUAUGGAAAUUGAUUUUUUUUAAAUGUUUUAUCAGUUUAAGGCAGCUGAGUUCUACUUGUGAUUCAGUAAUAAUGAUUUUAUGGAACUUGUUUGUGCUUAUUUAUUUUUUUUCCCCCUUCCCCUGAUGGCCAGCCAAAUGAGUGACUCAUCAACAUGUGAGUUGAUUCAAAAAACAAAGUCACUCGUUCUUUUCUUUUUCUUUUUUAACGUCAUGCCUCUCAGAUGAGCCACAAAGACUGUUUUGGAUGUUUACACUGAAUUAGAACAAGUCAGGAAUUUUCAUACAUUCAUUUUAUAAAUCGGAAAAUGUUUAACUAAUCAUAAACUAUAUUCUACAUCAGUCAUCACUGGUUAGUUUAUCCUAUAAAAAAAAAAAAAAACACUGAAGAAGACAAAUAAUUGAACUUUGAUGAGAUGAAGCAUGUCAGUAUUGUCCAUGUGUGCAGCUGUCUAUUCUGUAUAAAAAAGGACUAUAUUGCCAUGUGUGUUAUGUUUGAUAAAUAUACGUGCUUUGCCACCAGGUUGAUGUAAAGGCAAACUUCAAUUUCCUAUAAGACGAUGCGUGUCAGGGUGUUGUUGUUUCCUCGUUAUUUGCAUGAAGGAGACAUGACUGUGUCUUCGCAGUUUUUCAGGUGAUGUGUAUUCAAUUGUACUGACAACUAUGGUAGGCGGUGUUUGCCCCCCCUUUUCCACAACUCCCCCUACUUCCACCCACUCUUUUCUAAAGAAAACUCCAUUGUACUUUGAUGGCAUUGUAGUCCCCGUAGGUGUUUCAUUAUGGUUUUAUUUUUUAAGUUGGAAAUAGUUCUAUGGCUCCUAUAUAGUGAUGAUUUUUGUAACCUUCUCUAGUAAAACCGAUAUUUUUUAUUAUCGUGA